GAUGUAGCUUCAUAAUGUGUUGUAGCAGUUCUCACAAGACUAGGGCAAAAAGUGUGUACAUCACUAUAUUAAUUCUAGACUUUUAUCUUCCCAGAUGGUUGGACGGGAGGGAGUGAUAAAGUGAAAGUCGGUCGAACGUGGUUUACCUCUAUUUUCACUGACCGUUUAUUUAACUAAGUAGUUUCCCUGGGUUUCAGAUAGCCUUUCAAGACAGACCUAUCACCAUUUUCGGCAGCAAAUCCGCCGAGCUUGUGCUUUUAGAAGGCCCAUGUGACGGGAAAACUUUUUCCAGGUUUUCCUUUUUACCCAGCAGUCACAGCUCCAUCUCGACUGACACAGCCAGACAUUUUAACAAAGCUACGACUAGGAAACGUUCUAAUAACUGGAUACAAUUAUUGUAAUAGUUCGACAGAGGGAAAAUUCUGGAGGAGAAACGUUGUCGAUUUGAUAGGUGGUGUGGAGAAAGCAGUACCAACAACUGCUGGCAACUCAGACCGUUUUUUGCAGUAAUUUAGAGUCUGGUGAAGUUAAUUCUGUAUUCCCAGCGCACCAAUUAACCUUCCCAAGUCAUAUUUGAUGAUAGGAGUUGUGAAAACUGCGAGGAGUUCCGGAAGGCAUGACCGAGUCCAGUCCGUGUUUUGUGCUUCUCUGUUUGAAUAUAGACUGAGCUCUUCUUCCUUUGUGUUUGAACGUCUGGCUCCGUCCAACGAGUCCCGGGAGGGAGUCUAGCUCGAGAGAAACCUUUUCAGCUCUCAUUUCGUCUGUUCAGUCAUGUCCGUCGGAGUGGAGUCGGGCUUUUCCAGUGACGAGGUGUUGACAAAUGGGUUUCCAGUGCACCGGGCCUGUCGGGACGGAGAUGUGGGAGCUUUGGUCCUACUGCUGCAGCACGUCUCAAACCAAGCUCAUUUGACUGCCGAGGACUCCUGCUACGGCUGGACGCCUAAACACUGGGCUGCACACUACGGCCAGCUGGAGUGUGUGGUGCGCCUGGUGCAGAUGGGCUGUGAGGUGAACACCACGACCAGCCGCUUCAACCAGACAGCAACACACAUCGCAGCAUUUGGUGGACAUCCACAAUGUGUGGUGUGGCUACUGCAAGCCGGAGCUGAUGUCAACAGACAGGACUAUGUAGGUGAGACUCCAAUCCACAAGGCAGCCCGCUCAGGUAGCUUGAACUGCAUCCAAGUCCUGUUGCUAGGGGGUGCUAAGCCACACCUCAAGAACGCUAGUGGGCAGACUGCAGCAGAUCUGGCCCACGCUCAGGGCUUCCAGGAGUGUUUCCAACUCCUCUCCAACACCCAAAACCACCACCUUCAACUCAAUGGAUUGCAUGCCAACGGUGCGCUGAAUGGAAACAGCGCCCCCUGUGGCCAGGGCCUCCUCAGUGGCGUGGCCAACAGGAAGAGGCUGCUUGAUGAUGUGGAGAGCGCUCACACAAAGAAAGCCAGAACUGAUAGUGUAGAUGUAGCACUGUGGCUGCAGAACGGUGGUGGAGAGGAACUGGAGAGCAUGAAUGUGGAGUCUGCACAUGACCUCAACUCAGAUGACGACACCAUGUCUGGCCGGCAUAUUGUCCCCACGGACACCACCACCAACGGUUAUCACCACGUGCUGCCUCGGGCCGACCCAGGCAACACUGAUCCACGGAAAAGCCUGUCUGAAAAGUGGGCACCGUCCACAGAGAACAUUCUGUCCUCCCAGACAGCCAAUCAGGAAGCGGCAGAAGGGCCCGGUCAGCGGCGUUCGGCUGACAUGUGUGGUUCGUUGCAUCUGACCGGGAGUCCCAGCAGCUGCAUCUCCCAUCGGCCGGCCUGGGGCCUGCUGGCAGCCGACUGCGGGGACUCUCUACAUUAUGGACACUACCACGGCUUUGGAGACACUGCAGAGGACCUGACUGACACCAGCAGCCGCCUCGAACACAGCAGGAGCGUCGGGGUCGAGCAGAGGUACAACGAGGCCGUGGUCAGUGCUGUCCAGCUCUACCACGGCUCCUAAAAAGAGAAGGCUCGUACUGACACCCAGCCUGUUUUCAGAGGUGGCACAAACAUUGUUGGAUAUGUUUUGAUUACUUGGAAUAUCUGUUUUAAAGGACCAUACCAGUGAUUAUUCUUUAAUGUUGUGUUGAUGUUGAAUGCCCAUUGGCUAGAAUUUCUCCACAUUUUACACAGCAAUAAACCAUUUUGCAAAUUGUGUGGGGGUUAGAGUGUGGAUAUCCAAGCCCCUUGGGACCCGACAGGUUGGGCCGGGUUUGGACUAAAAUUUACAAAUGAUUCAGAUCACUUUGUUCAUUUUAUGCUGCUAAUGGAUGGGUUCAACGCUCACUCAUACUCAUGUUCCAGUGUGUUGCAGUGCCGUGUGUAUGGAAAGCCAAACAGGAAAUAAAACCAGUGGCUGGAAAAAGGAAGGAAAAGUGAUGUUGGAGUUCUAAAAUACAACUGCUUGCUUUGGGAAAAGACUAGUUAAUACAUUUUGUAGAUAUUAUGCUAAACAUGCAAAAUCACUGGUAUGGUCCUUUAAUGUCACAUUAUAUUUUCCUCAGCCUCAAAUUUUGGCAGGUUGAGAGAAGUAAAGAUGAUCAAUUGUGUCACGUCACAAGCAGCAACUCUGUUUUCUUUUCCAGUUCAUUGCCUUUGUUUUCACGUGUGCUGACAUCUCGCGGUCAUGAGACUGUCAGCACCUGUAUGACCUACAUCCUCUGAGACCCACAUCUACCUUUGUUGUGAUUUCACAAUCUUGUUACUUUACCUAUGGCUCUUUAUACUCUUUUAAUCUUCAUGAGCCCUCACUGGUUUAGAGUACAAAUAAACAACAAUAUGAAUCCUCCACGAGUAUACACAAAAGUGUAUGGAACCAUGUCCAUAGAAUGUUUGACUCAGUUUUGCCAAGUUCAGCUUCACUGUCAGCAGGGACCAAGCAGACAUGGGGGUGGUGGUCUAUUUUUGGUUAAAUGCUUGUUAAAGGCAUUAGUUGCUUUUGAAACCCUUUUAACCCCUUGAAACCUGAGCAAAUUUAUGAGUUCUUUCAUAAACAUGGGGAGAAAGGUGAUGUGGGAACACCUCCCCACCCCACCCCCAGAAAAAGAAAAAAUAAGUUUUUUGAAAAACUUGACAUAAAACCUUUCAGAAUUUAAAGCAAGCCCACAGGCUUCUGGGUGAAUAUAUACACAAAAACAUAUGUAAAUUUACAAAAAAAGUCUUACCGCUAAAAAUUCCAUUCCUCUCACUUUUGAAAUGAUGGCUAUGCCCCUGAUUGUUAAUAUUAUGCCACCGUAUGUCUGGCUGGGAGCUUGGCUGGGUUUGCACUAUUCAUGGCUGUCAGGUUGGAUAUCUGAUGGCAGACGAGAUCAAUCCAUCCCAGAGAAGUAGUACAAUCAUUUUAUAACAGUAAACCAGCAGAGUGGUGUUCCAGAAAGCAGGUUUAACAAACGUUAACAAAGCCCUGAAGUCAGCUUUGGUUAAAGUCUGGGUCAGCGGUUCCACAACAGCUGAUUGCAGUGAGUUGGGUGAACCCAACUAAGGUGCAUUCAUGGUGAACUUAAUAAGCCAGCAUCAAUUGAGUGCAGAUAAAAGGAUUAAGGUUUUAAUCCAUUCUUGCGUGGAAUACAAGUAUAUCCUAAGAAAAAAGUAACACGGCAACAGCUAUGAAGGUGGAGGGGGAAGACUUGCAAUGCAGUGCAGAGGAUGAACCCAACUUGUGUUGAUGACCAUGUGUCAGACACUGUCUCAACUCUGCUUUUUCUCCAGAAAGAGACAUAGACAGAGCCAAGAAAACGGGGGAUAGUGAGGAAUAAUACUGUAAGUAGAGUAUUUUAAUAACAGCUGAUGUUAAUCAAAGUAGUCAGCAAAUCUAAAAUUAUUUUCUCCUUGGAAACACAUAAGAGAGAAACUAGAGUUGUGACUCUAUUGCCAAGCAAGAAAGCCAAGCAUUCUAACAGUUGUGAAUAAUAAUGACAUCAGUGUAGACAGAUUGCCCAAAAAGUGCCACUGUAUCCCAAGUAAAAUGCUGCAGACUCAUCAGGUUUUCUGAUCCAAACCUCCAGGUUAAUUCAAGUGAAGCUGCUAGUGAGCAGGUUAGCUUCAGGCCGGAAGUUCCCAUGAGUUCUCACGUCUUGGAACCAAAAAUCCCAGGUUUCCUUUAACUCUGGGUUAACAAACUCUGUUUAAUCAGUAAACGUGCUUUAUGGAACAUCACCCCCUCCCCCCUGCCCCCAGGUCUGCCUGCUAGUGGCCGUCCAUCGCCAGCCUGUGCCCUAAGCCACACGCCUUAAACUCGUCACAGAGGAGAAGCUCACUUGCACUGAAAUGGGAGAGAAAGAACAAUACAAGGUGUGCUGGCCUGUAUUUACCAAAGGGAAUAAAUUGUUUUUUGCUUUAUUUUUUGGGGUGUGUGUUUGCUUGUUUUUUUUUGUUUUUUUGUUUUUUUUUUACCUGUUAUUUAUGUUGUACUGCAGAAGAAUGCAAUUGUAUUAAGCUCAUUUUAGUUUGUAUGGUGCAUAUUGUAGGCUUUUUUGGAACGUAAAAGUGAACUAUAUCAAAGAUCUGUAAAGACAUAAUGCCGAUCUUCUGUUAACACUAUAUGGAAAUAUGGACUUUGCCAGUGUUUAUUUCAACAUGGCACUAUUAGUUCUGAGAAGACUUUUUAUACCAACCUUUUCUGACUUGUUUUCCACACAAAAUGGUAAAAUGACAAAAAUGAUAAAAAUGCAAAAUACUAUGUCAUUAGAAAUUGUAUAAAAUGACCAUUGCAAUCUUUUGACAGUUUUGUGUUAUGACAAUAAAAAUAAAUUUUGAUCAUUCAUUUGGA